CACAAGAUGCCAUGCAUGCCGGCGGCAGUGUCUUAAAUCUGACGACCAGCCUUACAAGCGGCCGUCACUCCCUGGUUUCAAGGAUCACAAACGUCGCUGAAGCUUAUGUUGCUAAGUCUUACUACUCCUGAGAUAUACCCCUAACCGACUCAAACACCAAGCAUCCCCCACCCCACAGACCAUCACUGGCAUAGACAACCAACCCCUUGACCACCACUUGAUUACCCUCCCACAAUGAAAACCCUCACCACCACCAUUCUUCUUUUACUCAGCCUCCCCUUCUACUACCCCUUCUUCACCCAAGCAACCAUAAACUGGGAUGUCUUCGAGCACGGCGUCGUCCCCACUUUCCACUGGUCCCGCCCCUUCCCUGACGACGGCACCGACCCGAUGGGCUUUGACGUCCACUGCAAAGCCUCAGCCACCUUCCACGCACAGAUGUACAAGCUCAAAGACCUGCCCGAGACGCCCCCGCUGGGCCUAGCUCCCUGGCAGACGGCGAUCGAGGAAUUUUUGGCGCGGCGCGAGUAUGUCGGUAGCUGGGACGGGGUGGAUCAUAAAGGGUUGGACAGGGAGGUAGUGGUUAUGGAGUGGGUUGAUGUGCCGGUGGCGGUGAGGGGGUGGAUUGAGGAACAGCAAAGGGAUGGGGCGGUGACGAAUGAGGGGAAGUGGUUAUUUGGGGUGUUUGGGAAGCCGAAGCGGGAGGGGGAGAAGGUGGAUGGGACGGUGCCGCCGCCGCCGCCGCCAUUGGGAACGGCGAUGACGGCGACAGCGCAGGAUGUCUCCAUGUCGGCGGGUCUAGAAGAUGGAACGCAAAAGACAGAAGAGGACGUCGUUCCCGAGGUAAAGGAUGAGGAUAGGAUUGUGGUGUUUCCGGCUGGGGCCAUGUAUGAGAUCCUGCCGCUUUGGGUGUCGAAGGGCAGUGGUUGCGAGCGGGAUUUCAACAACCUGGCCAAGUACAAACCCCGAGCCAUCGACCACGCAACCAUUGCGUGGCCCGUGGACCACACUAAGCCGCACCGCGACCUGGGCAAGCGAGACAUCACAUUCAAGAUCACGGCCAUGGCCGUGACGGAGACGGACGACGCCAAGCGGGCGAGGUUGUUGUGGGAGAGGAUGCAUCGCACCAUCAAGAGGAACGAGCGGAGGCAGAAGCGCGAGGAACGGCAGAGGGCCAGAAUGGAAUUGGAGGAGGGGCGAGUGAGGGAUGAGCUGUAACUACAGCGGUAGAAGAUUUCGACUACAUCUAUCCCAGGAGUUUAUAUUUAUCCAAUAUACAAUG